AUGAGUCGAAACGAAGAAGGCGAGCGCAUACAACAGAUCGCCAAUAGCCUGCCUCCGAUACCCGUCCAUGGCUUCACAAAGACGAUUCAAGCAAUCACAUAUGUCAUCUGUAUCCUCGCGACGUUGACCGUCGGCCUGCGGGUCUACGUGCGCAUGCGGCUAUCGGGAGCAGAGCGAGCGUGGGGAUGGGACGACAUCUUCGCAGUAGCCGGCUGGGUCCCGCUACUACCCUCUGUCGUAUUCCUGCUACUGGCAACCUACUAUGGCCUGGGUGCCCGUGACGAUCAUGUGCCCGAGGGCAUGCUCAUCUACUACCAGGUCAGGGUGAAGGGCUACAUGUUCAUCUUCGAAAUGGUGUACUUUGCCUCGUCGGUUCUGACGAAGCUCGCCAUGGCCAUCAUGAUCCUGAGGCUGACCUCAACCAGGCAUUAUGCCUACAUCAUCUGGGGGAACAUGGCUCUGCUGGGCGUAAACGCAACAGUGUGCUUGAUCAUCAUGUUCGUCAGCUGCUCGCCCCUUCCGGCGCUUUGGAAUGAGAAACUUGGCCAUUGCCGUAUCGAGUACGGUUGGAUCAUCAUCAGUUAUGCCGGCUCUGUCGUUCUCGCCAUCGUGGACUGGACCUGCGCAAUCACCCCGUUCUUCAUGUUGCGAAGUCUGCAGAUGCCAAAGAGAAGGAAGAUUUCGGUGCAGAUCAUUCUUGGCUUGGGUAUCUUUGGUAGUGCCGCUGGUCUGGUUCGCUUGGGGUACUAUCAUGCCUACGACACUGUCAAGUACCCGAACCAAUCACUUUACAACUGGGGUUCCACGAUUCUGUGGUCAGUCCUGGAGGCUGGUUUGGGCAUCAUCAGCUGCUCGCUGCCUCCCCUCCGUCGCCUCUUCAGGAAGUUCUACCAAGGUUCAUCAGGCCAAUCCGGCAUGAGGUCUGGACCGGCAACAGUCGACGUGAGAUUCACCUACCGGCCAACUUUGUGA